AUAUAUAUAUAUUCUCUCCUCGGCAAGAAAUUGUGGAGAGAGAGAAGAAAAGUGGGCAAGGAGCAGAGAAAAUCAAUGGCUGCAGUGACAAGUGCAUUGAUAGCAAUAGCAGGAGUGGUUCUGGGUUGGAUAGCAAUAGAGAUUGCUUGCAAGCCAUGCCUCGAGAAGGGCCGUGAAGCCAUCGAUCGAUCUCUCAAUCCUGAUUAUGACCCUGACGAUGAUGAGAUUCGCGUCCCAAUUAACCCACCAAACUGAUCUCCAACAACAACCGAAUCCACGGCCCGACCUUGAUUCCUCCAUCGCCUCGGUUUCUUCAGCAGCAAAACCAGCAAUCAAGGCUGUCUGAGUCUUAAUUUUAGAAGUCUUUUCUUGGAUUGCCGUUAUUUGAAAAUAUUUUUGUCUUUCUAUUCGGCUUUUUCUACGGGACUGACUCUGUGAUCCAGUAUGGUAUUGUGGUGUGCCUGAGUAAUUUGAAGUUUUUUCUUUUGUGUUAAAUUAAUUUUAUUAGUAAUCGUAGAUUGUUGUUUUUUUCAGUGAUUUUAGAUUGUUUGGAUAUUAAUGUAAAAGAUAAAUUUUAAUAAAUAAAUAUUAUUCUAAUA